AUGCUGUUCUCUUCAAUCCUCGCCGUUUCUCUGGCAGCUUUACCCGCGAUCAGCGCCUACCCCAUCACAGGGGACACCGUCAACUGCCGCUCCGGCCCAGGAACAAACCACGCCGUCGUGAAAAGCUACAAAAGGGGCGAAGACAUCAAAAUUAUCUGCCAAGCCUCCGGCACCGACGUCAAGGGCGACAGCCUUUGGGACAAAACCUCCGAUAACUGCUACGUGACCGAUUACUACGUCAAAACUGGCAGCACCAGCUAUGUCACCGACAAAUGCGGCUCCAGCGGCGGCGGAAGUGGUGGCAGUGGCAACGGAGACGGAAGCUCCAUCGUCAAAGCCGCAGAGAAGGAAAAAGGUCUCCCCUACGUCUGGGGCGGGGGUAACUAUAACGGACCGACUGGUGGCGGAUUUGACUGCUCUGGUCUGACGCAGUAUGCGCUGUACCAGUCGCUGCACAAGAAGAUUCCGCGCACGGCGCAGACCCAGUACGAUGCGACUAGUAUCGGGAAGAGAUAUCCGCGCUCGGAGGCUAAGGAGGGCGAUUUGCUUUUCUGGGCUGAGGGCGGGAAUUGUAAGUCGGGUGUUUCGCAUGUGGGUAUUUUUAUUAAGAAGGACCUUAUGAUUAAUGCGGCGCAUACGGGGACGCCGGUGAGGGAACAGUCCAUUUGGACUUCUUAUGGUGGGGAGAGUAUUUGUGAUUAUGUUAUGAGAUUCUGGUAG